UAUGAAAACACCGAGUAUAAAUAGGACAUAACAUUGAACAUUUGAUUAUUAAUGUUUUCAAUAUGUUUCCUUCCUCGUGGAAAUUAAUCUUCAUAAGUUUUAUUGCAGUUUUUAUUAAAUUUUCACAAAGUGCAAAAAUACCUAAUGAAUUUAUUCUGUGUCAUCGUUCCUCGCCAGAUUUUCAAAAGUGUUUUUCACCCGCGGUGGAAAAUUCAAUUCGCGCAGUGAGUGGUGGCUUGAAAGAACUGGGGAUACCUGUUUUGGAACCGAUGAAGGUGCCGAGUAUAUCUAUCAAUGGAAAUGGGGGUUCUGUGGAUUUAUCUCAACAUUACACGGAUUGUGUUAUAACGGGGCCUGUUAAGUCAACUUAUUUGGAAAUCGAUUCAUCUUUUACAAAAGAUGAUUGCCAUGUGCAUUUCAAAACCUACACGGACAUAAUGACAAUGACAGCAAAAUACCGCUUCGAAGGCAAAAUGUUAUUGUUUCAAAUAAACGGACAUGGCAACGCAAACCUAACUUCAGUUAAUAUGAUAGCAUGGCACAAUGUAACUUGUGCAUUCUACGAGAAAAAUGGCAAUGAAUACAUGAACAUAACCAAUUGGGUCGAAGAUUACUCGCCGGAUAAGAUAAUCUUCACUUUCGAUAACCUAAUCGACGGAAACGAAGAACUCAGCGCGCAAGUGCUGCAAGUAAUGAACGAUAAUAACCACGAAGUGUUCGAAGCGUUGCGACAUGAUUACCAAAAGAGCUACGGUGCGAUUUACUGGCAAAUCGCCAAUUCAGUUUUCAGUAAAAUUCCAUGGAAGGAACUUUUCUUAGAGUGAAACAUAUUGGGAAAAUAUUCAACGCGCACGUUUUUAGAGGUUAUGUACGUUGUGUUAAACGAGGUAUUUUGUUUAGUUGAUUAAAAGUCAAUCAGACCGAACUCAGUGUUAAAUUAUAUCACAAAGUAAAGUUUCCGCAAUUAUUUAAUGAUAUUUAAUUGUUAUUACCUUUAUUUAUGUGUUUUUAAGUGUUAAAACUGCAAAUUAAUGUUAGUAACAAACGAUGACGAUGUGACUAGUAAAACUUGUAUCGGAAUGGUAUGCAACCCAUCAUACACCAAAUGAACAAUGUCCAAAAACAAAGAACAAAAUUUCAGCGCGUAUAAAUUUAAGAGGUUAUGUUCGAUUUGAUGAAUGUGGUGAUUUUUGUUUAGAUGAUUAAAAGUCAAUCAGAACAGAUUCAACGGAAAAUUAUAUCGCAAAUUAAAGUUCACGCAAUUA